GGCGAAACAGUAUACUCUGUUAUGUUAAUGAUACUGCUCAUACCUAUAGGCGUUGAUUACCACUUUCCAUCAGGUGAACCGUCAGCUUGUUUGCCAUUCUAAGUUGUAUAAAAAAUAAUAAUAUGACACCUAUAAAAUCAAAAGCAGCUAAACACCAUAUAUUCUAUUUACAGAUGGGCAAAGCACCGGGUUUAAACCCGGUGCUUUGGUAAAAACCCAAUAAACACCCAUAAACUCCCAUAAUCACCCAAAAAAAUAGGUUUUUACGUAUUUUUUUGAAAAUAUGUAAGUAAUACCAAUAAAUUAUUUUUAUAAAUUGUAUUGAUCAAUUCUACAAUAUUAAAUAAAACGUUAACUAAUAAUAUUUCAGGAAAUUUUAAAAAUCUAUAUAUAAUAAAAUGAAAGUAAUUAAUUUUCAGUGUUUUCAUGUUGCAGUUGAUCAACAUGUUGGCCUUUUGCUUCCCGUAGAUACUUUAAAAUUUCUUCAUAACACCUCGUUCGCACACAUGGCCGUAUAUAUUUAAAUUCUUGAGCCACUAACAGUCCGAAAUACUCAUUUCUUUUAUCCUCUUCUCCAUAAAUUAAGCAUUUAGAACAGUUUGUUUCUUCUUUCAGUAAAUUUUCUUUUACUUUAUCCUCGUUUUUUUCUUUGUUGCGACGACGCUGGGUAAAUCAUCUGGACACUGGGUCUCACUAUCGCCAAAUAUAUUUGGAGAUCGGCUUCGGCUACGGCUUGGCAGACAUUUUUUUCUUUCUACAAUUUUAAAUUAAAUUUAUUAGAAUAAAUGCUUCGAACACACGCGAUCUAAGUACCUUUUGUGUUUAUUAUACCUUACCUACCUAGGUAUAAAAAGAGUACUUACGUAGAUUUUUUUUUAUUAACUGUUUUAUACGAAGAUCUUGAUCUCUCAAAUUAGCAUCCAUUUUACUUCCAGUGAUUAUCAACUAAAUUAAUAAUCCACAAAGUAUUAAAUAACGUUUUUAUGAAAUAUUUAGCACAAAAACAAUACCCUUUAAAUAUCGAUCGUCAGUAACUGUGGCUGACUUACCUAUAUUCUAGCAAGCAGGACUGCCAGAUGUGAAGGGGAAAUCCCCAAUAAAUUGUUGCAUGUGACUGAUGAUGUGAGCAUGUUCGUUUCAUAAUAAAAAUGUUGCCAGGUAACCAAAAAGUCGUAUGUUUUUGUGCGAAUUACGAUCAUAAUCUUUACGAUCGUACAUUAAAAAAUAGACAAAUAAUAGUAUGAGUACGAUUUAAAUCGUAUAUCUGUCAACCCUGCUAGCAAGACAGCGACAAAAUCACGUUGCAUAACAAUGUAGCCCAAGCUUAUAUCUUAUGAAAUAUACGGAAGAGAUACGGACUUAGAAAAAACAGAAAUGUUGUUCUUUGUGGAAGUCAUUGAUGAAAUUCUAUGUAUUUUAGCCCGCAAACUUUCUUCAAACAAAAACAGCGCCAUCUAGUAUCGAGUUCUGUAAUUAUCUCUUUGUUUAUGGAUUUGAAGUAAGACCGCCACGCAUGCAAUACAUUAUGACUGGGGAUUCCCCUAUUCGUCGACGCUGAAUAUGAGGCGACGACAAUCACUGUCAAACGUGUUCACUAUUACUCUGACUCUGGUAACGUGACUUCCUGGUAACGUGUUAGGUAGGAAAAGCAGUAAAAAAGUGCAUAUUAAGGGAGCAGAUUUGAAAUAAUAUUUAUACUUAACAAGAAAUAAUUAAAGGUUCAAUGGGGAGACCUAAAGAUUUACGCAUAUGGGAGCACUACCGUACUUUACCAAACAAGUCUGUUUCUUGCAAGCUUUGUAAUAAGGUCUACAAAUUCAGUAAUGCUGCCAAAAUGCUUCAACAUCUUAUCACUUGUCCAAAAUCUCCAGAAACAUUAAAAGACUCUAUGAAACUUAUAAAAGAUAGCUCGUCCAAAACCAAAAUGUCUGGACUGUCAGAGAUAGAGACAAAUGAUUCUUUUAUAAGCCCCUCGUCGUCUGCUAACACUACAAUAAAUGCUGAGUUUCAAGACACCGAUGAUCAUAUAAAAACAGAAUUAGCGAGAGCUAUAUUUGUAACAGGGACGCCAUUAUCGAUGGUGCAACAUCCUUUAUGGAUACAAUUUUUCGAAAAAUUGCAACCAAAAUUUAAAAUACCUUCACGUAAAGCUUUAGCGACAAAAUACUUAGAUAAAAUAUAUAGAGAAAUGCGUUUUGAGUUAAAUGAGGAACUAAAUGCUUGUAGUUACUUACACCUUCAGUGCGAUGGCUGGUCUAAUUUAAGAAAUGAAGGAAUAAUAAACUUUCUUAUAUCAAAACCUCAACCUGCAUACGUUAAAAGUUUGAAUACAGAAAGUAAUCCUCACACUAGUGAAUACCUUAGCCAAGAAGUUGAAAAAGUAAUGAAAGUGUAUGGAGCAAAUAAGUUUCUUGUACUUAUUGGCGAUAACGCUAGAAAUAUACAAAAGGCAUUCGAAUUAACAAAACUCAAAUAUCCACAUGUUGUUCCUCUCGGUUGCUGUGCACAUAUCCUUAACUUGUUGUGCCAAGAUAUUGUAAAGAUACAAGAAGUAACUGUGUUUAUUAUGCAAGCCAUAAAUAUAAUAAAAAUUGUUAAAAGGAGUCAACGAUUAAGUUCCUUGUUGAUAAAAUCAAGGCAGGGUGAAGAUUCUACACAAACACUAAAAUUGCCUUGUGCUACAAGAUGGGGAAGUCAUGUUACUUCGUUAAAAAGUUUGAAAGCAAAUAAGAUAGCUUUGCAAAUAUUAACAGUUAGAGAAGAUGUGGUAAUUUCAAGAGAUAUUAAAGAUUUAAUUCUAAGUGAUGAUUUCUGGACGAAGACAGGGGAAUGUAUAAGUAUUUUGGAACCAGUCACUGAAAGCAUAUUUUACUUAGAGAGCGACCAGAAUCGUUUGCAUCGCACAUACAUUACAUUUAGAGAUGUACAAGCUAAGAUACGUUUUGCAUUAAAUGAGAUUUCGACAUUGAGCGAAGAAAGCAAACAGCAGAUUCUAACAUCAGUAUCUUCAAGAUGCAAUAUGGCAAUGAGGCCAAUACAUUUUGCAGCAUAUAUUCUAGACCCCAGGACUCUAGGAGUCGAACUUACUCAAGAGGAAGAACUUAAGGGUAUGGAGUUUAUCUACAAUUUAAGCCAACACUUAAGUUUGUCAAAUGUAAUGGCAGAUUUGGCGUGUUAUAAAGCUAAAGAAAACUUUUGGGCCAGAGGAUUUGUAUGGAGCUCAUUAGAUAGCAUUGAGCCCCUAAUAUGGUGGAAAGGUAUUUGUGGUUCCACUGAGUUAAGCAAAGUAGCGAUUCGUAUUCUAUCAGCUCCCUGUACUUCGGCAGCCACUGAGCGUUCCUUUAGUAUCCAAGGCUACAUACAUAAUAACAAAAGAAAUCGACUUACAACUGAAAGAACUGAAAAAAUUUCAUUCAUUUGUUAUAACUGGAAUCUUAAACAUAAAGCUGAAUGCGAGGACAUUCAGUUUAAUGAAGAAAAUACCUUAGAAGCUUUCAUUGAGCAAGUAAAUGAACAUAACAGUUUAGACGAAAUAGAGCCUAUCGAACCUAUACAAUUCAUCGCUUGUAAUAACUCUGAAUCUGACAGUGAUUGACUGUAGUUUUACAUUUUACUUUCAUCUCUUUCUUAAUAAACUCAAAAUCAAAUUAAAAGUUUUUUAUUCUGUAGGCUGCAUAAUAAUAUUGUCUAUGUCCAGUAUAGUGGACGUCUUGCGGCUGAGAUGACGAUGAUGAAGUACAAAAUCAUAAACACCCAAAAAUUUGGGUGUUUAUGGGGUUUAAACCCAAUAAACCCAAAACACCCGGUUUUUACCCACCAGACUUUAAACCCACCCAGGUGGAUUGCCCAUCUCUAAUUCUAUUU